AUGCCUGAAAAAGAGCUUGACUAUAUUCGUUCUACAGCGGUUGCUAAAGACGGCUCUUCUACAGAAAACGUCUACAUUGACGGUUUCGACAAUACUGAUAACGCUCCACCAUUGACAGGGUGGGCUAAAUUCAAGGACUCCUUUAAAAGGUACGAUGAAGUGGAGCUCGGACUUGAUCCAAACUUAUCCGAAGUUGAAAAGGCUGCUAUUGUUACAGCUAAUUCUCCAUUGUCACGUUCGUUGAAAAACAGGCAUCUUCAAAUGAUUGCAAUUGGUGGUUCUAUUGGCUCUGGAUUGUUUGUCGGUUCUGGUUCCACUUUGGCAAAUGGUGGGCCAGCGGGUGUCAUUAUCGCAUACUUCUUGAUUGGUACGAUGAUAUACUGUACUGUUCAGUCAUUAGGUGAGCUAGCUAUCACAUUUCCAGUCGCUGGUGCAUUUGUUACUUACAAUACCCGUUUUAUUGAUCCUUCUUGGGGAUUUGCCAUGGCCUGGAACUACGCUAUGGCUUGGCUUGUUGUGAUGCCAUUGGAAUUGGUUGCAGCAGCUUUGACCAUUGAAUUCUGGAACACGUCUAUAAACAGUGCUGCAUUCGUGGUGAUCUUUUAUGUUCUAAUCAUCGGAAUCAAUUUUUUUGGUGUCAGAGGUUACGGUGAAGCUGAAUUCGUGUUUUCUUUCAUCAAGGUUCUUGCAGUCGUCGGAUUUAUCUUCCUAGGUAUUAUCUUGACUUGCGGGGGUGGUCCAAAUCAUGAGUACAUUGGGGGUAAAUACUGGCAUAACCCUGGUGCAUUUGCAAAUGGAUUUAAGGGUGUAUGUGCUGUUUUCGUUACAGCCGCCUUUGCUUUCUCAGGAACAGAAAUGGUUGGAUUGGCCGCUGCUGAAGCCGCUAACCCAAGAAAGUCUUUGCCGAAGGCUAUCAAACAGGUUUUUUGGAGAAUCACCUUAUUCUACUUAAUUUCCUUGACUUUAGUCGGUUGCUUGGUUCCUUAUGAUGAUGAUAGAUUAGAUGCUGGGGGUGCAGGCGCUGCUGAUUCACCCUUCGUCCUUGCAAUUGAAAAUGCUGGAAUUAGUGGGUUACCAUCAGUCAUGAACGUUGUUGUCAUGAUUGCUGUCCUUUCAGUCGGUAACUCCUCUGUUUUCGGAUCCUCAAGAACCUUAGCUGCACUUGCGGCUGCUGGUCAAGCUCCAAAAUUUUUUGGAUAUAUCGACAAGCAGGGACGUCCCUUAUUUGGAAUCAUAUUCCAAUGCAUUUGUGGCCUUUUGUGUUUCGUUACAGCUUCAUCAGCAUCAACUGAUGUGUUCAACUGGCUAUUAUCUCUUUCAGGUUUAUCAUCGCUUUUCACUUGGGGUUCAAUCAAUCUAUGUUUACUCCGCUUCAGAGCUGCUUUAAAAGUUCAAGGUAGAACUACCGAUGAACUAACUUUCACUUCUCAAGCUGGUAUUAUUGGAGCUUACUGGGGCAUCAUGUUAAAUCUUACUGUGCUUGGCUUGCAAUUAUGGAUUGCUUUGUAUCCAAUUGGAGGAUCACCAAACGUAACUGACUUCUUCAUGUCUUACUUGGGAUUCCCAAUGAUAUUUGUCUUUUACUUUGGACACAAGAUUUGGAAAAAGAAUUGGAAAUUGUAUAUCAAAGCAGAGGACAUCGACAUCGACACAGGUAGAAGAGAAUUAGACUUGGAUUUGAUAAUGCAAGAAGUUGCAGAAGAGAAGGCAAGAAUUGCAGGUUUACCUUUUUAUUAUAGAGUGUACAACUUUUGGUGCUAA